AUGCUUGCUGCUCCUCCGCAGGCCCUAGCAGCAUCCGGAUCGGCAUCAGCUCCUGUGAUCGUGGAACUCCCCUCCGAGCCUGUGGUUAGUCAGUCGCAGGCGCAGGCGUCGCAGGCGACUCAGGCGACGGGUCGUGCGACAGGCCAGCAGUCGCAGCAGCCGCUGCCGUCGUCGCCUGCUGUCGCGCAGGUGCAGUCGUCAGGGCCGUCGCAUCAGGCGUCGCAGCUAUCGCAGGAGCAGCUGCUGGCGAUGGAGAUUCAGCAGAGCGAGGAGCAGCUGCGACUGCUGCGACAGAAGCGACAGCAGAUCCACGAGGAGGCGAUGGGGGUGGAUUCGCAGAGCCUGCAACAGCAGCAGGAAGAGCAGCAGGUGCUAAACCAGCAGCAGAUGCUACGACAGCAGCAGCAGCAGCAGCAGCAGCAGUCGUCACAGCAAACACAGCUGCAGCAGCAAAUGCAGCAACUGCAGCAGCAGAUGGAAGGGCAGCUGCUGUCUGCACAAACCGCUCCUGCUGCGACUAGCACAGGCGGAGGCACGGGAGCCGCACCUGCUCUCAGCCAGCCUCUAGCCCAAUCGUUGCCACCCUUCCAGCAUCAGCAGCAGGGGAAUCUGCAGACCCUGCAGCCGCCCCUUCCCUCGCAUCCCUCCCUCGCCUCUCUUCCUGCCGUCCAGUCCACGGCUCCCACCUCCUCCAGUGGCCUGCCUUCUAUCCCUGGGGGAUUCUCCCAGGGACCUUCCUCGAGUUCUCAACCACAGGCCUCGAUGCAAUCACAAUCGGUACAAGGGCAGAGUAUGCAGGGAAGUAUGCUUGGACAGGGAAUGCUGGGUCAGGGGUUGCAGGGACAGGGCAUGCAGGGGCAGGGGUUGCAGGGGCAGCAGCAGCAGCAGCAGCAGCAGCAGCAGCAGCAGCAGCAGCAGCAGCCUGUGGCACAGCAACCCACGGUAACCGGAGGGCAGGCGCUGACGGGUUCAGGUGUAGCAGAGGCACCGCCGCCACCACCAUCAGCCGUUGGCGGGGGUUCCGUCCCUGCGUCUCCUGCAGUGCGCACAGCCUCGGGAGGAGGUUCGGUGCAGCGUGCCGGGCCUAGCUCGCUGCUUCGGCAAGGGUCCGGGGUGGGAGGUGCUCCCCAGCUAGUGCAGUCCGUGCCUUCGUCUCCUCAGGUGGGAUUCGAAGUAGCUUCUAGCGCGGAUAGCUUUCCCACCCAGCAGGGUCAGCUAAGUCAACAGGUGCAGGGGCAGGGACAGGGACAAGGGCAGGGGGGUCGGAUGCCGAGGGUGGGUAGCUGGAAUGACCUGUCACAGCAGAAUGCGGCAGCAGGAGCUGGGGGAUUGGCAGGAGGGCCGGGAGUGGUAGACGUGAGCCAACCCACGCCCAUGGACGUUUUCCCGCCUGUAGCACCAGCUGUAGCACCUGCUGUAGCAGCGGCUAUAGCAGCUGCUGUAUCAACUCCUUCACCAGACGAAGGCCCGCUGCUAGGCGCCAUUCCCCGCCGCAUACUGCCCGCUGUAGCUGCAGCGUCAGGGGACGGCGGGGGGGGCUGCGCCAGUGGCACGGGGUCCUACUCCGCCUGUGAUUUCCGCAGCUCUGUUCCGCCUCAGGUGCUCUCCUCCCCCCACGUGGUACCUUCCGUGCCCAGCUCGCCCCAACGCCCUGCUUCGCUUGCUGCUGGCGCUGCUGCGGCUGCGGCACCGGCUGUAGCAGCUGCUUCAGCUGCAGUAGCCGCGUCAGCAGCAGCCGCAGCAGCAGCUGCAGCUGGUGACAUGGAUAGAUGCAUACUCAUGCCGGGCUCAUCUGCAGGGGUGAUAGUUGGCCUGAGUGGGCUCGAAGGCACGCCUCCUCGUGUGGAAAUGGUAGAGCCGUUGGCGCUGAGGAUGAUUCGAGAGGCGGAACCCGCCCCGUUAGACCUGGAUAACUGUGGCGGGGGUAUGCCGCUGGUGGGGAUGCAGUGUGAGGGACUGCCGGUGGGGAUGCAGCAGCAGCUGCAGCAGGCGCAGGUGCAGAGCCUGCUGAAGCUGCAUAUGCAGGCUGCUGAGUCGAUCGGGCAGGUGCAGAUGGGUGGAGAGAGAGCAACAGCAGCAUCAGCAGCAGCAGCAGCAGCAGCAGCAGCAGCAGCAGCAGCAGCAGCAGCAGCAGCAGCAGCAGCAGCAGCAGCAGCAGCAGCAGCAGCAGCAGCAGCAGCAGCAGCAGCAGCAGCAGCAGCAGCAGCAGCAGCAGCAGCAGCAGCAGCAGCAGCAGCAGCAGCAGCAGCAGCAGCAACAGCAACAGCAACAGCAACAGCAGCAGCAGGAACAGCAACAGCAACAACUGCUACAGCAGCAGCAAUAUCAACAACAGCUGCAGCAGCAGCAGAUGUCUAUAUCACAGCAGCAGCACCUACAGCAGUUGCAAGCACAGGUGCAGCAGCAGGAAAGGCAGAAACUGACAGAACAGCAGCAGCAACAGCAACAGCAGCAACAGAAGCAACAGCAACAGCAGCAGCAGAAGCAACAACAGCAGCAGCAGCAACAGCAACAGCAGCAGCAGCAACAACAGCAGCAGCAACAACAACAGCAGCAGCAGCAACAGCAGCAGCAAUUACAGCAGCAGCUGCAGCAGCAACAUCAGCAGCAACAUCAGCAGCAACAGCAGCAGCAACAGCAGCAGCAGCAGCAGCAGCAGCAGCAGCAGCAGCAGCAGCAGCAGCAGCAGCAGCAGCAGCAGCAGCAGCAGCAGCAGCAGCAGCAGCAGCAGCAGCAGCAGCAGCAGCAGCAGCAGCAGCAGCAGCAGCAGCAGCAGCAGCAGCAGCAGCAGCAGCAGCAGCAGCAGCAGCAGCAGCAGCAGCAGCAGCAGCAGCAGCAGCAGCAGCAGCAGCACCUUGGAGACACAGGGCAGAGGCAGGGAGAACGGCAAGGGCAGUGGGCAGUAGCAGAGGUGGUGGUGGUGGUAUAGGGAGUCACGAGGAGGAGGACGAGGAGGAAAUGGAUGAGAUGGAUGAUGAGGGCGAUGAGGAGGAGGAGGAGCACCUUCAGCUGCACCAUCAGGGUCAGCUGCCCCAAUCUCACCCGCACCACCGCUCGUACCCGCCGCACCUGCUUCUGCACCCGUCACACCCUGCCCACCCAUACCAGCAGAUGCAGCACCUGCCUCCCAACUUUUCCUAUUUCCACCACCCGAGGAAUGGGGUCACAGGGCAUGCCAUGGGCCUGUCUUCUGUCUCCUCUCUCGCCUCCUCCUCCAUCCCAGCUGGAGUUCCUGCUGCUGCCACUGCGCCCAUCCCCCCCGCACCCAUCCCAACCACUCUCAACCCCAUGCUGCUCCCGCCAUCACUACCAACCCUCGACCCAGCAGUCCUAGCCUCGGUUCUCGACUCGGACGCGCGUCAGAGGCACCUUCCCGAGCCUCCAGACACGGACAUGCAGGCGAUGCUGAAGGCGCUACCUGAGCAGGGGCAGCUGGUGAAGGCUGUUCUAGAGGCAGGCCCGCUGCUCCAGCAGCUCCUGGCAGCAGCGCCUAUCCCCUCUUGGAGACCGCUCCCAUUCGCUCCCACCAGCGCCGCAGCAGCGGCAGCAGCAGCAGCGCUCGGCAUGGGUCCCUCCCCAAUCCCUCUCCCUCACCUGACAGCAGCAGCUGCAGCCGCUGCCGCAGCAGCAGCAUCAGCCCGACCCCCUGCCUUGCCUGUCCCCGUGCCUGGCUCCUUUGGCCCUACCGGUGCUGGUGCUGGUGGUGGUGCUGCGGCAGCAGCAGCAGCGGCGGCGGCAGGGGCGGUGGGAGCAGCAGCACACCCAGCACUGUUUCAAUCGUACGGCCCUCCUAUCCUUGCCAACGGGCAUUUACCCCAAUCGUCCUCGUCAUCGGCUCGAAUGAAAGGGGACAACCCAGGGCUGUUAUGA